CGAUUAAAUAUUGAAUCCGUAGAAACAAACCAUCGAAGAAGAAAUCCCGGAUACCAAACAUCGAACACACAGCAGAAUGAAGCUCUCUAUUGCUCUUUCCCUCCUCCUUUCGGCGGCUCCCRCAACGGUUGCCUUCGCCCCGGUUUCUUCGACGGCACCUUCCUCCACGAAGCUGAAUGUUUUCUCGGGAAGUGCCGGUACCGGUGAUGGAUGGAUCGAACCCUCGGCCCCUGUGAAUUCUGAGGAAUCCCUCAAACUCACCCUCGAGAAAUCCCUUGAGGGUUCGAGCUUCCAGAAACRUCUUUCUCUCCUUGGAUCGACGGGAUCCAUUGGUACCCAGACGCUGGAUAUCGUCGAUGCGUGCCMCGACAACUUCGUYGUAGAUGCCUUGUCGGCCGGAACCAACUCGAAGCUCUUGACAGACCAGGUCCUCAAGUACACCCCAAAGAUUGUUUCAAUGGCCACGGAGAAAGCCGCAAAAGAGCUCAAAUCCAACCUCGAAGAUGCUGGCAUGAAAAACAUGCCUACCAUCAUGCACGGCGAAGAAGGUAUUCUUGCCGCUGCCACCAUUGAUACCGCUGACACGGUUGUCACCGGUAUUGUCGGUUCCGCUGGAUUGCUUCCCACCAUCGAGGCCAUCAAGCUGAAGAAGGAUAUUGCUCUCGCCAACAAGGAGACGCUCAUCAGCGGUGGACCCGUUAUCAACCCGCUCGUCAAAGAACACGGCAUCAACAUGUUGCCCGCUGACAGCGAACACAGCGCCAUCUUUCAGUGCCURCAGGGCGUUCCCGAGGGCGGCCUGCGACGUGUCAUCUUGACCGCAUCCGGUGGUGCCUUCCGUGAUUUCUCGAAGGAGGAGCUCUUCAACAUGUGCCGGGACGACCCCCGUGCCGUACAGGCCAAGGCCACUACCCACCCUAACUGGGACAUGGGUGCCAAGAUCACCCUCGACAGUGCCACCAUGAUGAACAAAGGGCUUGAGGUAAGCACGGUUCAUUUUUCAGAAUCGAUGCGUCAUUAGUUCGCUCUGUUCGAUGCAGGGUCUCCUUUUGGGAAUCAUAUCUCACCUUUUCUCUUUCUUCGACAAUCGUUGUCUUCGCUUGGACCUCUUUUUUGACAAAAAGGUUAUCGAAGCUCACUACUUGUUUGGAGCUAGYUACGACGAUAUCGAUGUUGUUAUCCACCCCCAAUCCAUCGUUCACUCGAUGGUCGAGACCAAGGAUACUUCUUGCAUCGCGCAACUGGGAUGGGCAGACAUGCGUCUUCCGUUGGUCUACUCGGUCUCGUGGCCCCACAGAUUGGAGAUGCCUUACAAGCCUUUGGACUUGGCCGAGGUUUCUCAGAUGACCUUCCAAAAACCUGAUCACGACAAAUACCCAUGCAUUGCCUUGGCGUACGAGGCCGGUCGAGCCGGGGGUACAAUGACGGCCGUACUCAACGCUGCCAACGAGGCAGCCAAUGAAAUAUUUAGAAAGGACGUCGGCCUCGGAUUUUUGGACAUUCCCAAACUCAUCGAAAGCGCUAUGGAGGCGCACAAGGACGACCACAAGGUCAACGACGUAACAUUAGACGACAUUUUGUCGUGUGACGAAUGGGCACGCGAAUUUGUCAUGGAGAAAAGUGAGACUAUGAAAACAGAAUUGCUUCUUCCGCGCUAAAUACUUUUUAACCGAGUUCCACAGCGCUCAGCAUAAUUAUC